AUGGAUUCCUUGGGAGGCAAAUUAAAACGAAAAGAAUGGCGCAAGCUGUGGAAAAAGAGACGGCGUAAACUGAGGCGUCAGAAGCUGGCCCAAGAGCGGGACCGACUGGAGGCGGAACAGGAAGCAGCGAAACAAGCCGUUCCGCAACAUCGCCAGUAUCUGGUGGAAAAGGAACGCUUAGAACGAGAAGCCGAAGGCCGCGAAGAAUUAGAACGGGCGCAACGGAAUGCCGUUUGGUUGGAGAACGAGCGGAAGGCGCAGCUAAAGUUUGCCGAAACUCGCCGCAGGUUGGAGGAAGAGCAACGUGCGGAACAAGCCAAACGGGAGCGCAUUCGUAAGGAGUACGAGGAAAUGGAACGUAAAGUACGAGAGGCGAAAGCAGAGCGCAUCCGACAGCAACAGGAACUUCGACAGAUGCUACUCGAGCGGCAGCAUAGGCUCGAACAGUAUGCAGCCUCGGGCAUCAUUCACGAUCUGGACGAACUACGGACGGUGCACAAUACCCGUAGUGAGGCGACGGAUUGUAGAUUCUUUUCGAAAACCGGAGCAUGUCGAUUCGGUUUACGGUGCGCCGAAAAUCAUCCGACACCCGGAUUGAGCAAGAUUCUGUUGAUUGUGAAUUUUUUCAACCAUCCUGCCCUGGAACGUACCGUGCACACCGAGUAUGGGCUCGAUGUUCGGCUGGAGUUUGACGAAGACGAUCUGAGAAGCAGUUUUGCGGAGUUUUUCCGCGACAUCGUGGAAGAGUUCGAGAAAUUUGGAAGCAUCCGGCACAUCUUUGUCUGCCGGAAUAGCGGUGUUCACCUGAGAGGAAAUGUGUACAUAGAAUUUGAACACAUGAGAAAUGCUGCUGCCGCUUAUCUACGGAUGAAUGGUCGAUUCUACGCCAAGAAGCAGCUACGCGUGGAGUUCCGGAAUCCAAUCGUGUGGCCGGCCGCGGUCUGUGGACUUUCCGAGAUGAGACGCUGCCAGAAAGGACCGGGUUGCAAUUUUUUGCACAUUUUCAAGAACCCAGACGAUCGCUACCGGUACGAUCACUUCCGAGAAAGCAGAUCGGUGCGCAGGGAAGCUGCUGUAACUGUUCCAGCAACGCCACUGAGCAAAAAGAGUUGGGAUGAAAUUACGGCCAGCAGCUCGCAAAGGGCAAGGAACAGUGCCCAUUGGCGCUGGUCAGAAUCGCCUGAAGUGGACGACCGGAGAACUACGUGA